UGCCAACAACCUUUGACCAUGAUCUCGUCAUUAGUCUGGGUGCGAAAAGGUGCUGCACAGCAAAUUCCGGACCGGUACCGUCUUACAGACGAAGAGUUCUCAAGUCUAGCGGACAGGAUCGGCGCCCAAUUGGAAGAUGCACGUGAAGGAUUGGAGGACGCCAAAAAUGUGGAUGUGACUAUGGACGACGAUAUUCCAGAUCAGCAGAAAGUUCAGACCGCUGGAAAUGAAAUGGAUGAGGAAUUGGCAGAAUAUAACCUAGACACAUACGACGAUGAUUCGGAACCUGAAGAAGAAAAUUCGACAGCCAUACCUCUCUUCAGUAAAAUUCAAGGGUUAACGUACCACGGCAGCAAUGACGAGGACCCAUAUGUCACAGUGAAAGAUCAAGAAGAUGAGAAUGAAGAACUUCGUGAGAUGGAGAUCAUGCCCGGCGAUAACCUGCUUCUUGCUGCCAAAACCGAAGACGAUAUCUCGCAUCUCGAAGUUUACCUGUACGAAGAGGAGGAAGACAAUUUGUUCGUUCAUCACGAUAUUAUGCUUCCCAGCUUUCCUCUUUGCCUGGAAUGGAUGGAUUUCAGGGUUGGGAAGAAGAAAGAUUUGUCCACACCUGGAAACUAUGUUGCCAUUGGAACAUUCGAUCCUGAGGUAGAGAUUUGGGAUUUGGACAUGGUCGACGCUGUGUACCCCGAAUGUAUCCUAGGCGGAACGUCGCAACCGGGCCUUGAUGCGGGGGAAGGUGGAAAGAAGAAGAAGAAGAAGUUUGGUCCUGCCCGUGUGGCCAAAAAGGCCAAUGCAGAGCGACAUGUUGAUGCUGUUAUGAGCAUCUCCUGGAACUCUUCGCAUCGGAAUCUCAUUGCGACAGGCUCAGCGGAUACUACAGUCAAGCUAUGGGACCUUUCAGCUCCCGAGAAGGCUGUUAGAAGCUUCACGCAGCACAAAGACAAGGUCCAAGGUGUUGCUUGGAAUAAGGGCGAGCCCACAGUAUUGCUGACGGGUGGCUACGACAAACGGUGCUGUGCCUUCGAUUCGCGUGCACCAACAGCCGUGACGGAGUGGAAGUUGAAAGCUGAUGUUGAAUGUAUCAAGUGGGAUCCUUUCCAUCCUGAGAGAUUCUUUGUAAGUACGGAGGAUGGACUGGUAAAAUGCUUUGACGCCCGCCAAAGCGGCACCGCGCCGCUUUUCACGCUCCACGCCCACGAUGCUGCUGUGUCUUCAUUCGACGUUAGCCCAGUCAUAGAGGGACUUCUGGUCACAGGCUCUACCGACAAAAUGGUGAAAGUUUGGAACGUCAAAGAUGCCAAGCCAAGCUGCCUGGUGUCGAGAGACUUGGAUCUGGGCAAAAUCUUUGCAGCCACCUUCUCCCCAGACUCUCCAUAUUGUGUCGCGGCGGCAGGAAGCAAAGGAAAAGUUUUGGUGUGGAAUCUGGAAAAUAACGCUGGUGUAAGACGAGCAUUCGGUCCCACUCAGUUCAACGAAACCGCUGUCCAAGCAAAUACGCCACGGAAAGAGAUUACGGGAGUUGAGUCGGAUCACGAGGGCGAUGAGGACGAAGAUGAGGAAGCCGUGGACGGGAUGGCUAUGGAUGUGGACCAGGAUCAGGACGAGGACGAUGAAGAUGAAGACGAAGAUCAUGUAUGAUAAGAGGUCUGUGAUGAUGGGGCGGCUAUGGUAGAAUGCAUCGCUGAGUUCCUUGUAGAUAGUCAUAAGUACGAUCAUUGUUCGCAUAUACACAACCCAAGUAUAAUAGCAUAUUUACUAUAAACAGAGUAAAAUCAAUAGCA